AUGCCGAAGUUUCAUACGUAUAUACUGGCGGUGGCAGUGCUUCUGUGUGCAGCAAGAGCUGUCUCCUCUGCUGAAGAUUCAACAACAAGUCCUCCACUACUACAAAACCAACAGCUACCACAAUCACAACAACCACCAACAAUUCAUCAACCCAACUACAAAACCAACAACCACCACAAUCACAACAACCACCACCAACACAUCAACCCCAUCUACAAAACCGACAACCACAACAAUCACAACAACCACCAACAAUACGUCAAACCCAACUACAAAACCAACAACCACCAAAAUCACAACAACCACCGCCAACAAAUCAACCCCAUCUACAAAACCAACACCCACCAUAAUCACAAGAACCGCCUACAAUACAUUAACCCCAACUACAAAACCGACAACCAUCACAAUCACAACAACAAACGCCAACACAUCAACCCCAACUACAAAACCAACAACCACCACAAUCACAACAACCACCAACAAUACAUCAACCCCAGCUACAGAACCAACAACCACCAAACUCAAAACAACCACCGCCAACACAACAACCCCAUCUACAAAACCAAGAACCACCACAAUCACAACAGCCACCAACAAUACAUCAUCCCCAACUACAAAACCAACAACCACCACAAUCACAACAACCACCAACAAUACAUUAACCCCAACUACAAAGCCAACAACAAAACCACAAUCACAACAACCACCGCCAAUACAUCAACCCCAACUACAAAACCAACAACCACCACUAUCACAACAACCACCAACAAUACAUCAACCCCAACUACAAAACCAACAACCAUCACAAUAACAACAACCACCAAAAAUACAUCAACCCCAACUACAAAACCAAGAACCACCACAAUCACAACAACCACCGCCAACACAUCAACCCCAACUACAAAACCAAGAACCACCACAAUCACAACAACCACCAACAAUACAUUAACUCCAUCUACAAAACGAAAAACCACCACAAUCAAAACAACCACCGCCAACACAUCAACUCCAUCUACAAAACCAAGAACCACCACAAUCACAACAACCACCAACAAUACAUCAACCUCAAUUACAAAACCAACAACCACCCAAAUCACAACAACCACUAACAAUACAUCAACACCAACUAAAAAACCAACAACAACCUCAAUCUCAACAACCACCAACAAUACAUCGACCCCAAUGACAAAACCAACAACCAUCACGAAUCACAACAACCACCACCAACACAUCAACUCCAUCUACAAAACAAACAAUCACUACAAUCACAACAACCACCAGCAAUACAUCAACCCCAACUACAAAACCAACAACCACCAAAAUCAAAAGAACCACCGCCAACAAAUCAACGCCAUGUACAAAGCCAACAACCACCAAAAUCACAACAACCACCAACAAUACAUCAACCCCAACUACAAAACCAACAACCAUAACAAUCACAACAACCACCGCCAACACAUUAACCCCAACUACAAAACCAACAACCACCACAAUCAGAACAACCACCAGAAAUACAUCAACCCCAGCUACAAAACCAACAACCAUUACACUCACAACAACCACCGCCAAUACAUCAACCCCAUCUACAGAACCAAGAACCGCCACAAUCACAACAACCACCAACAAUACAUCAACCCCAAAUACAAAACCAACAACCACCACCAUUUGAAUUACAAUAACCACCAACAAUACAUCAACCCCAACUACAAAACCAAGAACCACCACAAUCACAACAACCACCAACAAUACAUCAACCCGAACUACAAAACCAAUAACCACCACAAUCACAACAACCACCAACAAUACAUCAACCACAACUACACAACCAACAACCACCACAAUCACAACAGCCAACGCCAACACAUCAAUCCCAUCUACAAAACCGACAACCACCAUUAACACAACAAAUCCAACUACGAGACCAGCAACCACCAUCAACAUAUCAACCACCACCAAAGACACAAACUCAACUUUAAAACCAACGAACACCACCAAUACAACAACCACAACACAUUCUCCAUCUAAUGCGUCAUCGUCCACAGAAAAUGCUUCUGAAAAACCAUGUCCCAAGGAGGUAUCAUCUUUUACUAGUAAGUUGUCAUAUAACAUUUUUAAUGAUCAGUUCAUAAUGGACUAAAUGCUGUCUUCUGAAUUUGGACUUAAUGGUGCUUACUUGAGCCAAUGGUAGUGAUGGCGUGAAAUUGGUAAGGAUCUUACAUUUCAGUUCAAUUGAAUCCACAAAGAAGUUGCAAAUACUUUCAAACUCGUGUGUACAUCUGACCUUUUCCUUUGGUAUCCUUAUUCAAAAAUUGUUUGUUUCAUUCAUAGUUGAAUGAUGUCAUGCAGCAGAAUACAAUGUUUCAGAUGGGACAAAGGUGACCAUAGCUGUCGUGGCUACAUGUUUGGUGGUGUUUUUCGUCAUUGUUGGUGGCGUAGUUUUGUUCAAGCGCAGGAAAAGGAAAUAUUUUGGACAAUUUCGGAUGGCACGACUUCGUGAGGAAGAUGAGGACGAGGGGAAUACUUUUGCUGCCGACAUGGAAUAGACCUGAGAUGGAUAGGAUUGCGACGAGAAAGUUUAUGGUUUAUUGAAUGAUUUGAUUGUGCAUUGAGUUAUUUGAUUGUGUAUUGAAGGCUCAAGAGAGAUUGAAUUUUGUAAGUAUUGAAUAAACCUAAGAGGCAUUUGUUAUGAAUUGAGGGAUUUUAAUGUGCUAAAAAGGAUAGAGAGAGAUUUAAUAUUGAAUUUUGUAAAUAUGGAAUAAACCUGAUAGUGAUUUGAUUGUGUAUCGACAAAACCUGAGAAAGAAUAUAACUGUUAAGGUGAAAAAACGCGAGACUGAUUGGAUUUUGAACAUGGAAAAAUUCUCUAUUCUUUAUUUGAUGAGAUGCCACCAGGAAGAGGUCAAUAGUAAUUGGGGCGAAACAAAUACUGAUUAAUAGUGCUUAUGUUUAUGUCUCAAUGAUGAAUGUAUUCAAGAAAUGUAUGAUCAUAAACUAUGAAAAAUGUUGUUUAUUUUCCUUUCAUUCAUAUUUAUAAAAAAUUCUGACAAACAUUGUAGACCUGAUUAUUGUUGAUAAUUGUUUUUUUUAUAUACAUUUCUUUAUUAUUGUUAUUUAAAGGGUAUUGUAUGAAACUCAGCCAAGAUACUGGAAACCAGAUUUGUUUCAAAUUCCAUUUUGUCAACAAUAUGAACAUAAGUUUAGUAAAACAUUCAUUUGUUAUUAUCUUUGCAAGUUUUGUGUGCGAAAUAAUUGUAACAUGCUGGAGUAGUCUGAAGUCUUCCACUGACCCAAAGCACCAUUAUAUCUAAAUUGAAAAACACACACGCACACGCGCACGCACACACAUCGCACUUAAUUGCAUUAAUAUUAUUUUACAUGAGUUUAUUUUUGGCUUAUUUAAAUUCCAAUGACAUUUUCAUACGCGAUUGGAAAUGUCUGCAACAUGUUUGCAAAUAUAGUCAUAAAAUAACAAAAAGAUAUAAGGGAAUCUAUAAAUAAUUCAUUUGUGAAUAAACACGUAUAAACGAAA